ACAGAAAAAGGAAAGUGCACCACCAUCAACAAACUUUUUGAAUAUGAAAUUGAAAUCACACAACACAUUGUCUCUCUCCACUCAAUUCUGCUCUUCCUUUCCACCUAUCACACCCCAAUGAAUAUAAUCCUCCUCAAAGCUUCACAAAGCUUUUGCUCCACCAAUUCUGACUCACAGGGAAUUACUCUGCUCCUAACUAAUCUGAAUCUCUGCAUGUGUCAGAGAAGGAUUGAUCAUCAACCCUAAUCCAGUACAGAGUCGGAGCACAACACACAAAUCACGACAGCCCUCACACCUUUUGGCUUUGGAACUUUAUCGCGAUUUAAAUUGUUGGUGUGGUUCUGUUUCUUGUAAUUGCACCGGCUGUCAGUAACCAUGUUUAGCUUUAGGAACUCCGGCGGGUUCGCCAGCGCCACUUUGGCCGCUAUGAACACGAUGAUCAUGUUUAAUUUGAUGGGCGUGGUGAACCAGAUGCCGGGCGCGCUGUGCCGGCUGUUCCGCCGCGCGAAGCUGUGGUGGUUCCGUGAGGUGCAGAUCACCAUCCCGGAGCAAGGGCGGGAGUGGCACAUGUACAACCGGGUGUUCUCCGCCGCCGAGUGCUACCUCGGCGCCAUGUUCUCCGACCGCGCGCUCCGCAUGAAGGCCGGCACCGACCGCACCGGCCGCAGCAUCGUGCUCACCGUGGACGACGCCGAGGAGAUCGUCGACGAGUUCCUGCCGGCGGCCAUGGAGAAGAAGGAGAAGAAGAAAGCAGGGGCGAUCAAGGUGACGUGGAGGUACCACUGCCAGCAGAUCGAGAAAGGAUCGGCGCGGUUGUGGAAUAAUGAGAAGAAGUACUACACGUUGACCUUCGACGCCCGGCACCGGCCGGAGGUGGUCAACGAGUACCUUGAGCAUGUCAUGGAGACGAGCGACGCGAUCGAGAUGAGGAACCGGCAGCGGAAACUCUACACGAACUCCAUGGGCGGCGGCGAUCGCCUCUGGACUCAGGUGGAAUUCAAGCACCCGGCGAGCUUCGCGACGCUGGCAAUGGAUCCGAAGAAGAAGCAGGCGAUCAUGGACGACCUGGAGACGUUCAGCAAGAGCCAGGAUUACUACGCGAAGAUCGGGAAGGCGUGGAAGCGCGGCUACCUUCUCUACGGCCCGCCGGGCACCGGCAAGUCCACCAUGAUCGCCUGCAUGGCCAAUUUCCUCGACUACGACGUCUACGACAUCGAGCUCACCGCUAUCCGCCACAACACCGACCUCCGCCGCCUCAUCGUCAACACCACCGGCAAGUCCAUCAUCGUCAUCGAGGACAUCGAUUGCUCCCUCCAGCUCUCCGGCGCCCGCGGCGAGGCCAGGAAGGAGAAGAAGGUCAAGGAGCCGAAGGAGAAGAAGGCCAAGGAGUCGAAGGAGAAAGGGGAGAGCAAGGUGACCCUCUCGGGGCUGCUCAACUUCAUCGACGGCCUCUGGUCGGCCUGCGGCGGCGAGCGGCUCAUCGUCUUCACCACCAACCACGUGGAGAAGCUGGACCCGGCGCUGAUCAGGAGGGGGAGGAUGGACAUGCACGUCGAGCUGGGGCACUGCGAGUUCGAGGCCUUCAAGGUGUUAGCCAAAAACUACCUGGAAGUGGAGGCGCAUCCGCUGUUCGAGAAGGUGAGAGAGCUUCUGGCGGCGGUGAAGAUUUCUCCGGCCGACGUCGCAGAGCAGCUGAUGCCCAAGAACAUACGCGCCCACGACAAGGCCACCGGAUGCUUACAAGACUUGCUCCAUGCUCUUCAGACCUUGCUCGAGAAACAAUCCAUCAAUGGAAUUUGA